AUGAAUUAUAACAAUUCAUCAAGUUCAUCAAAUCUUUUAAAUGAAAAUUGUGAAGAAUUUACAUUAAAGGAAUUGAUAGAAAAUAAUAAAAGAAAGAAGGCUCUUUUUUUGUCGAUUUAUCAAACUGUUUUAUACAGUUUAAAUCGUGAUGUAGAGCUUAAUGAAAUACAAAGAGCUUUAUUAAUUAACCAAAUAAAUAUCACUAUCGAAUGUCAAAUUGCAAGAAAUACUUUUUUUCAAAAAGAUAUGGAUUUAAAUGAAGAACUAAAAAAAACUCUUGAAAAUAAUCAAAUAAAGAAGCUUCUUUUUUCUACAAUCUAUCAAACAAUACUUUACAAUUUAGAUUAUGGUCAACCUCGUUAUACAGAAAUAUUUCGAGAAAAUAUUCAAAAAAUAGUAGAGAUCAAACAAGAAAUUAGAAAAUUAUCAAAAGAUGAUUUAUUGGAAUAUAUUGAAACU